AUGCAAAGAAAAGGUUACAGCGAUGAAACACUUUGGCAAAUUUUGACGACGGUACAUUUGACGCAUAUCGUAGAUCGCGAAGGAGGCUGGGAGAGCAAACGAGAAUGGAUGCACGUGCUGUCUGGUGGCGAAAAGCAACGAUUAGGGCUGGCAAGAAUUUUCUAUCAUCGACCGCAGUACGCACUUCUGGAUGAAUGCACCAGCGCCAUAUCAACGGAUAUUGAAGCACUUAUUUAUCAGGCAAUGAAAGACGCCGGCUUCACGCUCCUCACCGUAUCUCAUCGUCCCAGUCUGUGGAAAUUUCACACCCAUCUGCUACAUUACGAUGGUCAAGGAAGUUACCGAAUGCACCCAAUCAAUGACAGCAGCGACCAAUUCACAUAUGGUGAUCCGGAAGGGACAAAAAUAAUGAUGGACUCGGAAAGCAUCCUUAAAGGAUGUGAGGUAAAUCGUCUAUUUUUCAAAACAUUUUUUUAG